AUGUCCAUUCACAGCUAUCGCGCCACGAUGUUCCGGGUCCACAAGCGCUCCAUGGCCGUGAACAAAAGGGCUGCGCCACCAAAUCUGUAUGAAAGCAAGGCCGUCCGCACUUGCCUGGCUCCGCAACUCGUGACGCUUCAGAAGGGGACAUCCUACCAGAACUUCUUUGCACAAGCUCUUGCCCAGCGGCAUGGCCGUCCGGCUGUGCAGGUCCAAAAGAGUCGUGUGUCGCCCAGAAGCAGGCCGACGUCCGGGUUUCCAAGCACAGCGCCUCUGUGCCAAAAUGUGAUCCCUCCAAGGUGCUCCGGCCAGCGGGGACCCGCGCACGCGCCGAGUCCGCCAGUCUCGGAGCUGGGAUCCAUUCCCUUGACGGAGGUUUGUUUCAGUGAGGGCUCGGUCUCCCGGCCAAAGACGGCUUCCAGCCGCAUGCCCAGCGUGCGUGCCAGCGCGCCCAGCAUGCCCAGUCAGGCCAGUCAGGCCAGUCAGGCCAGUCGGCCCAGCAGGCCCAGGUCCGCAAUGGAGCGAAGCUCGAGCUGCCGCUGGUCACGCAGCCGUACUCUCGGCUCUGCGUCUGCGCGGUCCGGACAAUCUGGGAAGCCAACCGAGCAGCAAGCUGGGCAGCAAGCUGGGCAGCAAGCUGGGCAGCAAGCUGGGCAGCAAGCUGGGCAGCAAGCUGGGCAGCAAGCUGGGCAGCAAGCUAGGCAGCAAGCUGGGAAAGCUGGGCUUUGGCCAAAGGAAGAAGCUGUCGAUCAGGCAGAUUUCAAGCCUAAGGAGGACAAUCCUGGAGUGCAUGUGAGGCGCAGCAGGGUGGUGCAUGUCAUGCCCGCGUGGGACCAGGCAGCGCAGAAGCUGGAGAUCCACGAUCCGCCCAUCCGCCUGGCGAAGGUGGACACCAGCAGAUAUGCGUCCGUGGGGGAGGAGAACGAGAUCCACGAGUACCCCACGAUGAAGCUCUUUGUGGAUGGCACUGUCUUCAGCUACGACGGGCAAGGCCGUGGGUGGCAACAGAUCGUGAAAUGGGUGAAUCGGCACUUGGAGCGCGACCAUGUGCUCAAAUCAGUGGAGGAUGCGGAGACCUACUUGCACGACAACGAGCUUGCAGUGGUCGGGCUUUUUCCCGACGGAUUCGACAGCAGCAGCUUCGUGAAGGCGGCCACGCACUACGAUGACAUUGUCUUUGCAGAGGCCAGGGGCCAGGCCAUUGCCACCGAGAUCGCCGACCACCUCGGCAGGCACGCGCGCCUGCUCUGCGAGACAAUUACAGUGGGUCAGAGCAGCUCAAGUAGCAAGGAGGUCACUCUUCCCCGUGACGACCUGCACUGCGACGGCUCUCCCAGGAAUCCACAACGCCCAGAGUGGACCGACAAGUUCGAGGUCGCCGUGCAAGGCAAGACCCUGACGGUGAAACGAACUGACCAGUCUGCCGGCUGGGGUCAACUGAUUCAGAUCAAGUGCUGUGACGACGAGAAGAAGGUGGAGAAGGAGCAUCCAAAGUUUCCGGUGCCAUCUGUGGUGAUGUUCUUCCCUUAUGACGAGCGUUACGCAAUUUUCGAGGGCGAUCUCACAAACUACCAUGCGCUGGACAAGUUCAUCAAUGGCAGACGCACGCCCACUGUGAUGCGUAUGGACCAAGACGCAGCAGAGAAGAUUUUUAGUGCCAACCCGGACAACGUGCCGGCACUGAUCUUCAUCACUGACAGUGCUGACAGUGCAGAAGAGAAAGUGUUCAGAGAGGCAGCCAUGAAGCUUCGGGGCCGCGUGCACGCCUGCAUUUCCGGCACAUCCUCGUUGAUGGAGCGGCGCGUGGUGGAGAUGGUCGGCGACGGGCAGCCUCCGCUGCUGGCGCUCGUGGAGGUCCCAAGCUAUGAGAGCACCAGGGGUCAGUACCACGUCCCCAGGAAGUAUCGACUGCCACUUGGAGGAGCCACGUCAGAGAAAAUCGUGGGCUUCGUGUCCGACUUUGAGGGUGGCAGACUGAAGCCUUGGCUGAAGAGCGAGGCGGAGCCUUCGGCCGAGGACAUGAAAGUGGCUGUGGUGCCACUUGUGGGCACCACCUUCACGGCCGGGGUUGAAGAUGAGAGCAAGGAUGUUUUGGUAGACUUCUUUGCUCCUUGGUGCGGCCAUUGCCGAAAGUUUGAGCCGCUCUACAAGGAGCUUGCCAAGAACUUGAGACACGUGAAGUCCCUCAAGAUCGCCAAGAUAGACGCCACCCGGAACGAGGUUGAGGGCGUGCAAAUCACUGGCUUCCCUACAAUCAUUCUCUUCCCUGCCGGCAAGUUGCCAAAGCGGCACGUUAUGUACCAUGGCAGCCGUCAGCCAGAAGACAUGAUUGCCUGGCUGCAAAGAGAGUGCAGCAUCAAGUUCGACGCGAAGCCGCCGCCGGUGAAGGAGGGCGCUGAAGCUGCGGAAAGCGGCCUACUGGACCCCGAUGAAGAGGAUUUGUGA